AGGCUGUGGGCCAAUGGUGGGAGGUGUUGCAUGCCGGGUGGGCCAGUGCUCUCAGUGAGGCAGGGGAGGGAGCGGCCCACUCUCUCUCUCUCUCUCUUACCCCUCCUUGUUAUUAUUGCCUCGCCUACCUCACAUAACCCCCCUCUACGUGUAUCAGCGAGUACUCUUUACAGUGGUGUUGGUAAGAAGACAUCAUGGACAUUUUAGUUCUUGGAGGUGUGGUGCUGGUGUUGACAAUGGUGGUGUACUUGCUGGCCACCCUGGGCACAAAAGAAACUCCAUUUGAAGAGGCUAUAGCAGAACAACGGCAAAAACGCGACCAAGAUAAUGCACAAACUAAGGCCGAUAAGCAGCACAAGAAACCAAAGGUCAAGAAAGUAAAAGGGAAAAAGGAUGAUCCAGAAUCCGUGGGUGCUACGGCAGUACAAGAGGUGGAGGUCGAGCCCGAGCCUGAGCCCAAGCCCAAGCCAAUGCCGCCACCCCCACCACCACCACCCGUAGAAAAUGAACCUCCAACCCAGCCUACCCAGAAGAAGGAAAAGAAAAAGAAGAAAGAAAAGGAACGAGAGGUAGAAGAUGCUCCCAGGAAGAUAGUAGUGGAGGAAGUUCAGGAGACUAUCACCAUCAAGACAGAGGCAGUGAGGGUUGAGGCUGCUCCAGAGCCUGCAUCCUUGCCCCCCGUCAAGGAGGCCAAAGAAGUUGUUGUUGAGGUACCUGUUGUUGCUGUGGAGGUAGUAGUCACAGAGGCAGCUGUUGAGAGUCCUGUGGCUUCAGUGACUCCUGUGGCUCCAGUUGCUCUUGUGGAGAAGCCUACAUCACCCCAGGACAAAAAGAAGAAAAAAGAGAAACAGAAAAAUGAUAUCACCACUUUGAGUGAAUCUAAGCUCCUUCCCAUGGUGCAGCGAGCCCCACUGUCUGGUAACGAGAUCCAAACCUUGAUUGAUGUCCUUCUCAAUAAGCAGCAGCAGAACAAUGCUGGAGGUGACUGGGUAAAGAAAGGCAAAGUGGACCCUAUCACACAGUUGAAAAGGCAGUUGGAGGAAGUUGAAAAUCGCUUGCGUGAUAAAGAUGAAGCUCACUCUGCCCUCUCUGCAAAGAUUACUGAUCUGUGCUCAGAACUACAUGGAGAACGAUCCAAAUCAUCAAAGCUGAAGACUCAGUUGGAUGAAUCUGCUGCAAAUUAUCUUCGACAACAGGAGGCAGCGGCUGCUAGUGCCCAGUCGGCACAGGCAGCACGCUUGAAUGAAUUGCGCACAUCCUUGGAACAAGAGUACCAAGCAAAGCUCCAGCAGCAGCAGCAGCUAUUGGAUCAACUGCAGAGCACCAGUAAUGAAAGUGAAGUGACCACUUUACGUGCAUCACUAACCGAGGCUGAAAUGCAGGCAAAAAUGCUUCGACAAGAACACGAAGAAUUAAGUCAAAGAUGCCAACAAUAUGAGGAGCACAUAAGAGUUCUUGAAGAUAAGCGUAAUGGGGAAGAAGUAGCCAGAAAUGCUCAGCUAUCAGAGCUGCAAGCACAGCUUCAAAGUGCCGAUGCAGCUCGUGCUCAAGCUCUGGCAGAGUUAGCAGCCAUGGAUGCAGAUCGGAAUGCCUUGAGUGGACAGCUAACUGGUGAUAAAGCCAAAUAUGCACAAUUACAGCACAAACUACAGGAAAUAUCACAUGAGAAAACCGAAGUAGAUUCGAGAUUGACUCAAGUGGAAUCUGAGCUUUGUAGUGUACGCCAAGUGGUUUUAGACCAAAAUACUCAGAUUGAGCGACUAAAGGAGGAGAAAGAGUCUUUGGCAUCACAGAGCGUCCGUCCAGCUGCUGAAGGGCAAGAGAAUGGGGAUGUACAUACAGAACCGACCUCAGCGCCCGACACAGCCCACCUAGAAUCAUUAGUGAAGGAGAAAGAAAACCUAAUAGAAGAACAGUUGUCUGAAGUAGCAAACUUGAAGAAAGAAAUUAAGAGACUAAAAGAAGAUUUAGAGAGCCAAAGAGCGAAGAACAAUGAGUUACGAGAAAAGAACCACAAAGUCCUGGAGGCCUUAACGAGCACAGAGGAAAAACUGAUGGCUAGACUCAAGCAGGUGGAUGAGGCAUCUGGUGAAGUGGAAGAGGAGAAAGCAAAGGUUCGUGCCGUCCUAAGAAGAAUUUUCCCCGAGGUUGUUGUAGAUGAUGCAUUGGCCCUUCCUGUUAGGAAAAAGACAUACCAGGAUCAGGGAGCAUUCCUGAGCGAGUUUGAGAGCAAAGCAUUACAGGUUGCGACCCAGACUGUUCAGCAGCCUGAACCAGAGGUUGUAGAGAAGGUUGUGGAAAUUGUCAAGGUUGUGGAGAAAGAGGUUGAAGUGAAGGUACAGGAUCCCGCCCUUAAAUCACAAGUUGAGGAGCUUUCCAGAGAGAAUGCUGACCUUCGAUCACAGGUUGCUGGUCUCCAGGAAGCAUCUUCACCAUCAGUAGAUGACAGCCAAAGAAUUAGUGAACUAGAGGAAGAAGUGCGUGUAGUCUCUGAUAAGGUCACCCACUACCAGAAGGUCUUGGCAGAUACAGAAAAUCUGUUAAAAUCACUACAAGCCUCGGUAGAGUCAGAGGAGGUGGCGUGGAAGGAGCGUCUCUCCGAGAAAGAGAGUAGUGUGCGGCAGCUGACGGCAGACAAAGCCAACCUGAAACUCGAGGUGAAACAACUAGAAGAUACCUUAAAGACGGUUAAAAAGUCGGAAGAUGCAACGGCAGAGAUUUGUGGGAUGGAGUUUGCGUUAACUUGCAUAGAGAAGUCUCUACCCCUCGUAGUUACUCAGAUGCAGGCUCAGCUUAAAGUCCUACAGCAGCAAUUACAGAAGGAAGAGAAGGAGAAGUCCUCGCUUUUGGAAGAACUGAAACUUGCUCAGGACCAGCUCUCCAAGACAGCCACCAAAGGUGGUAGUGAUGAAGCAACUUUGCUGGAGCUGAAGACAAACAAUGACAAGCUGCGAACACUGGUCAGUGUGGGGCAGGAUGCCAGCCGGCAGCAGGAGCAGCUUAUCGAACAAUUGCAGAAGGAGCUAGCUGCUGUUAAGGCAGCCCUGGCCGCUAGCCGUGUGAGUAAAAUGGGCUACAUGGCUGGUUGGUUGGGACUCGACAGCAACAACACCAUCAACAACAACAACAACUCGAUGGAACAGCAGACUGCUAGCACUAAUGGCCCAGCUAAUGAGGAGCAAUGUCAGGAGGACAACACUUCGAGGGCCGACACCGCCAGUCUGAUGUCUGCUUCCUCUGCUUCAGUCACAGAUACUAACACACCUCAGGUUCAGUCAGGGGCAUCAGCUAAAAAGGCCAAAAAGAAAAAGAAGGGAUUUUUUGGAAAACUAAUUGGCAAAAGCACUGACCCUUAAGGGUGCUGGUGCCACGCAGUGACAAGUCAGAUUGGGGGCAAGCAAGCAGCCUUGACCUGCAAGAAUUUCACCGACAUUGGCUCACGUCCAUUCUUAGCCAUGGUGUCGGUGUGUCCACUAGCACUGUAAUGACUUCUGCCAUGAAGAUCUUUCAAUUUAACUGUAUUUUGUACUAAGCUUCUUUUGUAGGAAGAGAAAUUGAAAUUGUUGCUUCAUGGCAGAUUGUUUCAUGUUGGGACCACAUGUGGGUAAACCUUUUGAGCUGCAAUAUUAGUAUAAUUUUGUAUUUCUGUGCUGUUUAUGGGUAAUAGCACUAUAUUCCUAAAGUAAAUUUUUUAAGGGUAAUGACGGGCAGUUAUUGGAGACUGUUACCAGUAGAAGCUCGUUUUGGGUUGUGCAAAAGUUCAAUUCCCAGCAUGUUUCUCUAAGAUUGAACUUGUGUAGGUUACCCACUACUUAGAUUUUAUCUGUAAAUAUAUAUGUAUAUAUACAUGUAUAUGUAUAUAUAUACAUAUACAAGUAUAUGUAUAUAUUUGCACGAUAUAAAUACUGAAGUGAGAUGACAGAUUUCAUGUGGCAUUUUAAAGUGCAAUGUUGCCAGUGGUGGUGAAGUCUUGCAGGACAGUCUCGAGCACAUAACAUAUGUUGCAAUUGGCAGUUUGUUUCAUUAAGGAUACAUUUGUUUACUUUUAUAUGCCAUGAAGAGUACCAUUGUUGAAACAUUAUUUUAUGCCAUGAGUAUGACCAGUAGGGAAAGAGGUUUGGUGGCAGAUCUGGUCACCCCAAGUGUCAUGGGUGCACCUCUUUCUUUUGGUUUCAUUACUGCAGGGGGUAGGGGGCAUUUGCCAAGCAUUGAUUUAGACUUUGUUAUUAUUCCUUAGGUUCUUUUUUUGAGUUUUUAUUUUAUUUUAUUUUGAAGACUUUGUUACUAUGCAGCAGGAGCAUUCUUUGGUUCAACUGCUAUACUUUGUUACAAAGCUCAUUCCAGUGAUAAUUGCCCUUUUUAUAAGGGUUUUAUUUUCUCUUCAUAAGGACAGCUAAGUAAUGUACCAUUGAAAAAACUAACAAUAUGGUUAAGGUUAUGUUCUAGCUUUCACAUUCAUGGAUUAUCUUGACGUUAUGCAUACAGAAUUACUGAGAGUUAGAUAUUCAAUACAAAUUGUGCUUUUUUUAUAUAUGGCAGCAGCAGUGGUACAUAAUUUACCGAUUAAUUUUGUAUGACAAGCGGAAGACAAUUCCAGUAGGCCAUUAAGGAUACUUUUAAAGUUUCCAGUCCAUUCCGGGUGGGCUUGCUUUGUCUUCUGAUGCCUUGCGUCAGCAUAUCCAGUACUGUGGUAAUAAACCCCGUAGACCAAGAUUACUGUUACUAUUUUGUAUGGUGCAAGGAGCCAAGAACACAGUGUGGCAGUUUGUGGUUGUCCUAGGGGCGGGUGGCAUUACGUGGUAUCUUGUUUAACCUGGACACAUUGUAAGAGGGGUAUUGGGAUGGCGUUUGGUGCUUGCUUCCCUCUGCACAUGAGAGGUUAUGGAUCAUCAGUUUUUUUAUGGUGCUGCAAACCUGAACAUUUUUAGUUGUUAAUUUCAACCAUGACACAUCUCUGCCACAACUCUUCUAAGAUUGUACAAGACUUCUUUCUGGUGAAUUAUAGCAACAUGACUAUACUUGUACAUUUAUUAGUGGUGGUGUUGGCAGGAAGGAUGUUGUUUGGUUGUUUGAGGAUGUAGGGUAAUUGUACAGAAGAUGUAGCCCUUCAUUAUUUGUACAACAAUCUAAUCGUUGGUUUAGUUCUUAGCCAUUGAUGUUGAAUGUCAACAGUUCAAUGGUCAUAUCACACCAGUGCUAUAACUUAAAUUUCGUGCCCGUGUGCUGCCCUGUCUGGCGCGUGAGAUUGUUACCUUGUAUCCCUAAGGGGUAUUGCUGGGGACCUGGUAUUUCAACACAAAUACAUGGUUUAUCAAA